UAAAAGGCCCAACAGCCUGGGCCAUAAAUACGUAUCGCACGCGUAUAGUUAUGGUAUAAUCUUAAGAGAGAAGAAAGAAAGUGAGAAGGGAGAAGGAAGGUAUAGUAUAGAAGAACGAAACGUAUUAUCUUGCACUGCAUUGGAUCGCAUCGCUGGAACGGAACACAAUAGAACUCUUAUUUAUUUAAUUUGACUAUCUCUCUUAUUUUCUCUCUCCUUAAUUACUUCUUGAUCAUCAUCUUCAUCAUCUUCUCUUCUAUUCUCUUCUUUUCCUCUCUCUGUUUUCUUUCACAACAAUUCUCCUUCCAGAUUCCAACCUUAACUGUUCGCAAUGUCUUACGCAUACCUUUUCAAAUACAUCAUCAUCGGGGACACUGGAGUUGGAAAGUCCUGUCUUCUACUUCAAUUCACGGACAAGCGCUUUCAACCUGUCCAUGACUUGACCAUCGGUGUUGAAUUUGGUGCCCGGAUGAUCACAAUUGAUAACAAACCAAUCAAGUUGCAAAUAUGGGAUACGGCUGGUCAAGAAUCAUUCAGAUCUAUCACUAGGUCGUAUUAUAGAGGUGCUGCUGGUGCACUGCUUGUUUAUGAUAUAACCAGGAGAGAGACAUUUAAUCACUUGGCUAGCUGGUUGGAAGAUGCAAGGCAGCAUGCAAAUGCAAAUAUGACAAUUAUGCUGAUUGGUAACAAGUGUGAUCUUGCUCAUAGACGGGCAGUAAGCACUGAGGAAGGCGAGCAAUUUGCAAAGGAGCAUGGGUUGAUAUUCAUGGAGGCCUCAGCAAAAACUGCUCAGAAUGUUGAAGAGGCAUUCAUAAAAACAGCUGCAACCAUAUACAAGAAGAUUCAGGAUGGAGUUUUUGAUGUAUCAAAUGAGGUUAGUUUCUUUCUCUCCAGCUUUAUGUCAUUCUUUACCUUGGCUGUUUAUCACUUUCAUAUCAAAUUCUCAGUAAUGGAAUAUGAAGAGCCAGUCGGGUAUUUAAUUAUUGUCUAUCUUGUGUUUUUACAAUCUGCGAAUGCAUUUGGGGGAAACUAUCUAAAACGAAAAAAAUUCUUUGAUUGAAAGAGGAAAUACUUACGACACUGAAAUUUUUGUGUGGUUUCAGUCUUAUGGAAUUAAAGUAGGAUAUGGUGGAAUUCCUGGACCUUCUGGAGGUAGGGACGGCCCUUCUGCUGCGGCUGGAGGCUGCUGCAGUUGAAUGGAACAUAUCAGAACCAAUUUGCAUCAAUAUAGUCCUUUAUGUAUUCUCUUCUUUUCUAUAUUUUGGGUUUGGAUAUGAUGAUUAAAUGUUCUGUCCAUUGAUAAAAUCAGAUAAUUGUAUAAUGUUUUCUUUUUAA